AUGCGUGCCUUCAUUGUACUGUGUUUAGUGGCUGUUGCCUCCGCCGAUAAAUUGGGCUACAACUACCAACCAGUGGGUCAUUCGAGCUCUGGAUUAUCGUUUACCCCUGGUGGUAGUGGUGGUGGCAGUUCUUUCGGCGGUGGCUCCCACUCAGCACCCUCAGCAUCCUAUGGCGGCCAACAAGGUUCAUUCGGCGGUGGAUCCCCUUCAUCGCAUGGAGGCUCUUUCGCCCCCUCAUCUCAAGGAGAACAUCAAGGUUCCUUUGGUCCUAGCUCCGGCAGUGGACCCUCUUCCUUCGGGGGCCAACAGGGUUCAGUUGGUGGCGGUUCAGGUCAUGGUCCCUCAUCCUUCGAUGGCCAAGGUUCCAGUAGCUCACCAUCGGUAGCCCCACAAGGCGAGUUGGAGAAACAAUUCUUCACUUAUACCGCCGAUGAUGAAGAGUUCCAUGAUCCUCAGGCCACCAACCAGUUCGCCAACUCUGUUAAACAAGCUCUUCGUGUCGUCUUCAUCAAGGGCCCCGAAAGCAGUGGCCUAGAAGAUGCCGCCUUAGCCUUGGCCAAGAAUUCCGCCAGCCAGAAGACCGACGUUUAUGUCCUCAACAAGCAACCUGAUCUCGCCACAUUGGCCGAAAAGUUGAACCAAAUCAGCAGCAGUAGCAACACUCAAAACAGACCCGAUGUGCACUUUGUCAAAUAUCGUACCCCAGAAGAUGCCGCCAAUGCCCAAAAGGCUAUUCAAGGCCAAUACGACGCUUUGGGUGGCCAAUCCCAAAACGUCAAUGGCGGUGUGGCUCCCGUUCUCAACUUUGCCUCCCAAGCUCCAAUUGCUCGCCAAUCGGCUUCUGCUCCUGGUGCAAGCUAUUUGCCUGCUUCCAUUUUCCGCCAUUAA